AUGACGGCGGCAGCGAUGAUGAUUCCGCUUAGACAUAUUCAAAAGCUACUGCAGCGGAUAUGGGGGAACUGGAACAUCCAUGCCAUUGUUGUGGCUAGUCUUGGGUUUCAGUGCUUGCUGGAAUUCCUUGCGCCGUUGAGAAAAAGGAGAAAGAAAGCGUCCACCCACCUCAAAAUCUGGUGUGCCUAUUUACUUUCCGACUACUUUGCCACCUUCGGCAUAGGCCUCAUCAAUAGCAACUCCGACAACAAAGACGCCGCCGGCCCCCUAUCGUCCCUCCUGGAGGCUUUCUGGGCGCCCUUCCUCUUGCUCCAUUUGGGCGGCCCCCACGCCAUCACCUCCUUCAACAUAGAAGACAACAACUUAUGGCACCGCCAACUCCUCACCCUCAUUGUUCAGACUUUCUCCGUUCUCCUUGUUUUCUACCGCUACAAAAUCUACACCCACCGCUGCUUAGCCAUCUCCGCCGGGAUCGUCUUCUUCGCCGGAAUUGUCAAGUACGCUGAACGGAUCCACUCCCUUUACCUGGCAUCUGUGUCCCAUAUGAGGAGGUCAAUGCUUGAAAAUAAUUCUUCUUCUUCUUCAAGUAAGGGAUCCGAGGAGGCGUUGCCGGCGAAUCUGGACGACGAACUGGAGAUCGUCCACAGGGGGUACAUGUACUACCAACUCUUCAAAGGAUUUAUCUUGGAUCAUACGUUUAUCCACAUUGAGGAUAAACUAGAGGCGGUUAAGAAGGUGUUUCUAACGCUAGAUCAUGAGACCGCGUAUAAAAUCCUGGAAGUGGAACUCAACUUCAUGUAUGAAUCCAUGUUCACCAAGAUGGCUGCCGUCCAGUGGAUAAGUUCAUUCGGAUAUGCAUACCGAUUCGUGGUUCAUUGCAGUUGUGUUAGACUUGGUGGCUCUAUGGAAGCUGGUUUGCUCUGA